AUGCCAGAAAGUGUUGAAAUCACAUCCAAACCUUACAUUCACGACUAUGGUGCAAGACUCAGCGAAGGAAUAACUUACCUCCGGGAAUCGCAGACCUUGUUUUGGGUUGAUAUCUUUUUGAGUGAAAUUCACUUUGUCACGGACAUCAACGACCCCAAAGCGUCCCAUAAGGUUAUCAAGAUCAAUGCUAGCAACUACACAGGGGUUUACCCCUAUUCCACGAAGUUGCCAGAACGCGUGGGUGCGGUUUUCCCGGUUGACUCGCCAACAGGCGUGAAAGAGGUGUUUUUUGCUGGAAAAUACGGGAUCGGCCAUCUAUGGCUGGAAUCAAGCCAAUGGAGCUAUCAAGUGUUGUUUUCGUCGAGCAAAAAUGUUUCCGACAAGGAUUGGGAACGAUUGAGGUCUAAUGACGGCAAUGUUGCACCAAACGGCGACAUAUACAUCGGAGUGAUGAACGAUUUCCAUAUCGGCGUAGACACCCAAAAGGAGGCCGAAGGGUGUUUGUUCCGGGUGAAUCUCAAGCACAAGAGCAUUGAACUCGUACUGGACCAUUUGCACAUCCCAAACAGCAUCAAUUGGAACCAGACAACUGACACUCUGUAUCUGAACGAUACGAUGGCUUUCAAGGUCUGGCAAAUGCCAUAUGUGAACGGCACGCCACAACCGGAGGAGAAAAAAGUUUUCAUCGAUUUCACCCCCAUAAACAAGGACGUGGAGCUCCCACAGCCAGACGGAUCCGUCGUCGACCCUCGCGACGGCUUUUCCUAUUGCUGUGUCUUCAGUUCUCAUAAACUGCAAGUUUUCGAUCCCAAGGGCCAGCUACAGCGCGAGCUUGUGUUCCCGCAGACUCCCAACAUGACCUGCUGCUGUAUCGGGCCUGGUGGCGACGUUUUCGUCACCACAGCAUCGUUGGACGUGGAACACGGCAAGAGUGUUGGCCCAAGCGGUGCUCUAUACCGGGUAUCGGGUGCUUGCUUUGCCGGAAAAGACAAUGUUCCAUCUUCAAAACGUAAUCCUGAGUUUUGA